AACCUACAUAUUAAUAAUAAUUGAGUAAUUUAUAUUUUUAUUUAAUAAUUUCUAUCAUAUUUUAUGUAAUCUAUAUAAGUCCGAUAAACAUUUUGGUACAAUAUGUUUUCUCAAGUGUUUUUAUGUUAUUAAUUAUUUGAAUAAAAAACACUUGUGUUGUAUUUUAAAAAUAGCUAUUCCGGUCGAUUAUUUUAAAUUGAUAAAACAUGUCGACAAAGGUGAAAGGAGAAGGACAAUACUAACCCGGAGGCCGGAAGGCGGAAGCAAAGCACUGCCUACUUACUUAAAAUAAAUAAGUGAAAAAAAAUAUUUUAUCUCAUUUUUGAUUUUACGCAAAAGCAUCAUAAAAUAGCGUUAGAAAAUACAUAUAAAUAUGAUUAACAUUUGCUUUUUGAGCGCGUAUUGUAAUUUAAACUUUCUUUAAUCACAUCGACAUCAUAAUUAUUUGGUGUGACAGACCAGAGGAAAAUCAAAAUUAUCAUCAAAAAGUUCGUGUUUAUGAUUUCCAUUCAAAUUAUAUUCUUUAAACGUUAAGAAAUUAAGAAUAACUUAUACACAUUAAUAUUUAAUGUUAGAUUUUAAUACUAUAGAGCUCAAUGUUGAAUACCGAUAUUGUGAAAUUAAAAAUAUGAAUCCUGUAGCAGGCAAAAGAUUAACAUAUAAGCGAAUGAGACCUAAUCCUCUAUUUGAAGAAUGCUUAGAGAAACUCCACGAAGAAGCUAGAUUGAAUAAUACAAACUAUUUGCCAAUUAUCAAAGAAGCCAUGUCAUCACUAUCUAAAUAUCCAUUACCUUUAAAAUCUGGAGCUGACUGUGCUAUACUUAAAGGUUUUAAUAAGUCACUAUGUGGUCUUCUAGACAAGUAUGUGUUAGAAGCAGUCUCUAAAAAUUGCCUUUCUCACAAUACUACUACUACAGAUGAGGUAAUAGAUUUAGAAAAUUACCCAAGUUCAGUUAGUAAAGAUUUUACUAGUAAACCUAGAAGCACCCAUGAAAUAAUAGAUGUAGAGACUUGCAAUAAAUCAAUUAUUCAUCAUAAAGAUAACAUUGAUAAUAGUCCAAGAUCUUCCUGUUCUGAAAUACUACCUAAAAAAGGUAUCUAUAAACCUAAAUUCAAGUCUGGAGCUUUUGCUAUUCUUAUGGGUUUGUUAGAGCUCUAUAAGCAAAAUAUUGAAAACAAUGUAUCAAAAGAAGAAAUCAUACAAGUUGCUCAGAAGUAUUGUGAAGAAUCUUUUAAAGUUGCAAAAACUGUGAGGUACUCAGCUUGGUCCAGUAUGGCUCGCUUAAUUAAUAAAGGCUUUGUGAUAAAAAGCCGUCGUAAAAAUAUACAAUAUGCAUUAACUGAAAAAGGUGUGUCAAUGGCUUAUAAUUUGUGGAAUGAAUAUGAAACUAAAUCUUCAACAAAUCAAUUCAUGUUCCAAAAACCAAAGGAAGAUGUAGAUAUUAGAAAUGUUUCAACAUCAGAUAAUUUUAUCAAUUCGGCAGAAAUGGAUCCAUUGGAAAAAAUAAAUGCUGGUCCUGAAGAGGUUUUAACUAAUCAUCCAGUGAUUUAUUUACCUGCAAAUUGUUAUGAUAUUGUGUUACUAAUUGAUAAAAAUGAAAAGAAUGGAAAUGAAGAUUCAUUCCAUAACUAUCCUGAUUUAAAAUAUGAACUGAGAAGCCUAAAAGUUGGGGAUUUUACGUGGAUUGCAAGAAAUCGUGUUAGUAAUGAGGAACUUGUCUUGCCAUAUAUCAUUGAAAGAAAGAGGAUGGAUGAUUUAGGAGCAAGUAUAAAAGAUGGGAGAUUCCAUGAACAGAAAUUUAGAUUAAGAAAAUGUGGUUUAAAACAUGUUUUUUAUCUUGUGGAAUCAUAUGACAAAAAUAAACAUGUUGGCCUACCUCUACCUUCCCUUAUGCAAGCCCUUGCAAAUACAAGAAUCCAGGAUGGCUUUAAAAUUUACUAUACAGAUUCUUUGAUCAAAAGUAAUAGAUUUUUGGCUAUGAUGACCAAAAGGUUACAAGUUGAGUAUAUGAACAAAUCAUUAUGUGGUGCCAGUUGUGAUCCAAAAGAUGGAAUGCUAAUGACUUUCAACUACUUCAAUAAAUCAUCAGUGAAAACUAAAGUUUUGAGUGUUACUGAAAUGUUUAUCAAAAUGCUGCUGCAAUUAAAAGGAAUGUCUGUUGAAAAGGCAUUAGCAAUAACUAGUAUUUACAAAACACCUAAAUCUUUAUUAACUGCUUUUAAAAAUUGUGAUACAAAACAAGGAGCACUCCUUCUAGCUCCUUUAAAAUAUGGUGACUUAAACCGAAAUGUGGGUCCCACUGUCAGUAAGACUGUAUUUCAAUUAUUUACUUCCUAUUAAGUGGUGACUAAAAUUUAAAGAUCUCAUAAUUUUGUACCUUCUAUAUUAAUGUUAUAAACCUAUCAAAAUCAUGAAGCUAGUUAAUAAAUAAAAUUUUAUGCA